UGACGACUCGAGAAUUUGACACACCGAUGCUAUCGCUAUAGCUUGCUGGUUUACUGGACUGUUUUUUAGUGAAAACACAACCAAAAUCUGAGCGUCGUUCCUCGUUACCCGAAGUGAAUGAAAUAAGCAGAAGUAAAUUAAUAGCUUUAUUUGCGACAAAUACGAGUUCUUGUGGUAACUUUCUGUUACAAUGGAGAGGAUAUUUACAUACCUUGCUGCCUUUCUAAGUCGUUUUGUGUUUUGUGUUCACGCGUGUUUUCUCAUAUGGUGGGUGACACAAGUUAAGCAGGAUUCAAUGUAUUGGUUAUUUUUGAUCGUUCUAUCAAUGCUUGUUCUCGAGACUGCUGUUACCGUGUUCUAUCGCCGAGGAAACGAGUAUUAUUGGUUUUGUCCAAGUAUCUUCAUCUUUACGAUCACAGAGAUUCCGUGUUUCUGGUUAUUGCGUCUUCAGUUAGUUGAAUGCGCACAAACUAAUCUUCGUUUCAAUAAAGGAAUCACGUGUUCAACAAGUAUCAACAGCACAAAUCUGCUGGGCGAGAUAUUUGAAUCGACUACUAGCGACGAAUCGCGGCUCUCCAUCCUCGACCAAACAUUUGUUCUUUUCUUGGUCGUUGGUCGUUGGAUGCUGCCCAAGGGAGAGAUUACACGUGACCAGCUAUCUAGCUUGCUAUUGGUUUACAUCGCAACGGCGGCGGAUAUCGUUGAACUCACGGAGAUUUACGAAGAUUCAAGUGUCGGGGGGAACGAUCAUUUAGUGCGAGCAAUCCUGACAGUUUGGUCAAUGAGUCUUUUCCAAUUCUCCGUCACCGUAAUGGGAGUGGAAACACGAGCGAAAGACCGCGAGGAACUAAAGGAACAACUACUGAAGCAAGAGGAAUUAAAGAAACAAGAACGCGACAUGAAAAUUAAACGCAACCAGGUGGCUCCAGCCUUAUACACACACAAACUUGCUCAAAAGAAAGCGAUGGAUAAGCAGAAAGACCGAAUUGCGAACCUUCAACUAAAACUACACGCAGAUACGAAGCUAGAUCUUGCUGGCAUCGCAGACGACGACUAUGAGACGAACAAAGAUCCCGUUCCGAAGAAGAAAUCCGUUUUGGGGAUAUUCGUCAAAGGGAUUACAAUCUUUCAAAAUUUCGUUCACAGAAAUCUAAAUUUGAUUCAACUUUUAACGCCAAUGCUACUGCAAGAUGGACCGUUUCUUAUUGUUCGGCUUGUUUUGGUGUCGUAUUAUAAAGUUACAGGUAGUGGAACGUUCCUGUUUCUUACGGCAAAGAAUGCGUUGUUGGUCAUGCUUCAGGUUUAUCGUAUCUGCGUUCUGUACUGUCAACCACCCGAGGAAGAACACGAUCUGUUUCACGAGGAGGAUCUGGUGCGACUACGAAACGUGCAGACAGCCAUAAAAUCAGUGCAAAGAACUGCUUACGCCAUGAGGCUUGUCACCAGACUCCACAAGAAAGCAGAGAAUCAUUAGGUCGUUCGUUCAGUUGUAGCAAAA